UGAGAAAAGAAGAUGCUUGAAGUUCAGAAAACUGAGUUGAAAUAUACGUUUUCAUGUCAUGGCAGUUUUACGUUACAUAAGUUUUAAAGGGGAGGGUUGACUCGCAUACCUACAUACCUACUGAAUAUGAAUAACAUCGGACAGGGUGUCAUAAACAUUGGCCAGAGGUAAUGUAAACUGCAGAAGUGGAGAGGAGGCCUAAAUCUGAACUGGCCAGAAAAUGAUGCAUCGUCUUACUUCUACCAUGGGAUUUGGGAAGACCUGGAUUUUACCCUUUUUAACAUUAUGGUUAGCUGUUUAUAUUUACAACAUUCCUUCUCCUAUUCACCCCCGGCCUUACAGUUAUCCCAAACCUUUGCCUGAGUUAGUGGGACCAUUGACAAUAAAUUCCUACCUUAAGAAUGCAACAAGGGCAUUUGAAGGGGAGGUUACUGGCCCAGAGUCAUUUGCAGUAGACCCUGAUGGAGUCCUAUACACAGGAUUAGCUGAUGGCAGAAUUGUGGGAUUCAAAGGGGAACAACUCUGGCAGGUAACCAGGACAGGAGAGUUCCACCCACAAUGUGGUACGUUUGAGCUUGAGCCCAUCUGUGGGCGGCCUAAAGGAAUGAAGAUCAAUAUGGCAGACCCAUCCCUGCCCCUUAUUGUGGUGGAUUCCUACAAAGGACUUUUACAGGUGGACACAAAAACUGGUGACAUACAAGUCCUAAUUCCAAGUACCACAGGAGUAAAUGGUGAGCCAUUUAAGUUCCUGAAUGCUUUAGACAUUACAAAGGAUGGUGUCGUAUACUUCACAGACUCCAGCAAAAAAUGGGAUAGGAGGAAUUAUCGAUAUGAGGUUAUAGAGGUCAACAGGCAAGGCAGACUGAUUCAGUACAACACAAUUACCAAGGAAAUCAAACUGUUGCUAGACAACCUGUACCUGGCCAAUGGAGUGGCUUUAUCAUCAGAUGAGAGCAUGCUGGUCAUCGCUGAAAUGAGUGCUUGUCAGAUACGGAGAUAUUUCUUAAAAGGUCCAAAAGCUGGCCAGUCGGAGGUAUUAACACAGAAUCUACCUGGAUACCCAGACAACAUAAAGCUGAACAGUCGGGGGAAUUUUUAUCUUGGAUUGGGGUCAGUCCGGUACAAAGGGGUCAGCCUUCUGGGACCAUUUUUAGACCUCAUAGGACCUUAUCCAGCCAUCAAAAUAUUUCUUACAAAGAUCACACCUCUAAGAGUCUUUGACAUCUUUAUGCCAAAACAUUCCAUAAUAUUAGAAAUUGACACUGAAGGAAACAUUGUUAGGAGUCUACAUGAUCACGGAGCCAAGGUUAUCAAAGCUUCUGGGGAGGGGUUUGAAUUUAACAACACCCUGUACAUUGGAAGUUUCUGGACUACUUAUAUAGGUAUGCUAAACUUGACUCUUGUGAAGUAACUUUUGUUGUAGUCUAUACUAUACAUUUUAUGGCAUUCAGCAACAUAUGUCACACCAUAUUGACAUGUAUAAAUUUUGUAAUAUUCAUGUCCAUUGCAUAUAUGUGCCAACAUUUUAUUUAUUUUAUAAAUUUCAUGAAAAUCAUCCUCACCACUGUCACUCUAAUCAUCAUCACGUACCAAAUGGUUACUGCUUUAAAUUGUAUAACCAAAUGUA